CACGUGAUCAUUACUAGCUUGGCAGCCAUGUUGAUCAUUGCCUGCUGUGAUUCACAAAAGUGGCAAUGAAAAUAAAGCAUGCGAAGACCUAUGAAUCGAAAAUUAAGGUCUUAUAGACAUAAGUAAUAUGGUUGAUACAUCAACUUUCAUAAAACAGCACACAGAAUCAACGGUGGAGCAAAGUGAAAACACAACAAAAUAACGGCAAGGCUGUCUGCUAGAAAUCACACCAAGACUGCAUUUAGUCACAGCUUACAGUUCACUAGGCAAAAUUUGCUGAUGAUCUGAACAGAAUAAAUUUCCUGUCAUUUUGAAAUUUUUCAUUUUUUAGACAAACACAUUUUCAUCUGUUAAGCCUGCCCCAAAUCAUUGUCAAGAAAUGAGCAUGGGGCAGAAGGUAUCAGGUGGAAUAAAAACAGUCACUGCCCGAGAGUCGUCCUACAAAGCCCUGUAUAAAGGGGACAUGGUUUACAAUCCAGACUAUCAGAAGCCCAGCCGGCUGGACAUGCUGCUAGACAUGCCUUCCCCAAACAAGGAAUCACAAGUGAACCAUUCUUGGAAUCCAGACGACAGAUCACUGAAUAUAUUUGUGAAAGAUGAUGAUAAACUGACAUUUCACCGUCACCCAGUUGCUCAAAGUACAGACUGCAUACGGGGCAAAGUGGGAUAUACACGGGGACUACAUGUGUGGGAAAUUGUAUGGAGCACGAGGCAGCGUGGUACCCAUGCUGUAGUGGGUGUGGCCACUAGCGACGCCCCUCUACAUUGUGUGGGUUAUCAGUCACUUGUGGGGAGUAACUGUGAAUCCUGGGGAUGGGAUUUAGGAAGAAAUAAACUUUACCAUGACGUGAAAAAUAAUCCUGGUGUAACAUAUCCUAGUCUGUUGAACUCGGACGAGAACUUUGUAGUACCCGACAGUUUCUUGGUUGUAUUGGACAUGGAUGAAGGGACUUUGAGUUUUGUGGUGGAUGGCCAGUACCUGGGGGUGGCCUUCAGGGGACUCAAAGGGAGAAAACUCUAUCCAAUUGUCAGUGCAGUGUGGGGUCAUUGUGAAAUAACAAUGAAGUACAUAGGUGGACUAGAUCCGGAACCAUUACCCCUGAUGGACAUCUGUAGGCGGAUAAUCAGGCAUCAACUUGGGAAAAAUAGACUACAUGAAAUACCCCGAUUACCUUUACCAAAUCCUCUUAAAAGUUACCUACUCUACCAGUCUUAGUACAUCAAUGUGUGAUCUGUGUUUCUGUUGAAAGUAUUUACUCCAAUCUUAUGGUUUUCUCAAGUUCCGAAGAUAUGGUGCUUGACAGUGGUACAGAGCUUGCCCUAUAGGUGAUGAGGAAAGAACAUUGUAAGUCAAGGAGUGCAGGCAAAUGCAGUUAUAGAUGGAUUCUUGGUAGAAGAGAAUGUCUAUCAGGAAAAAAAGUCAUUACAAUUUGAUCUCAAAUUGGUGUAAUAAUGUAUAUCAACAAUACAAAUCACUGAGAACAUUGUAAAAUGUACUUAGAACCAAAUGAUUUGUCAGUGGGAAUGUAGAAGAGGUAAUUUGUUUAUGAAAUUCAUGAACUACCUGUGAAAGAAUGAUGUUAAUGGAAUCAUUGUCAAAUCAAAGAAUUACUAGUAAAAUCAUGAAUUCAAUUAUGAAAUGGCCUGUAUUUUAUGGUAUUCACUUCAUUAUUUUGUAUCAUUUGCAAUUAGUUCUUUGAAUUUGGAUCUGCAGAAAAGUCUUCGUUAUUUGAGAAUGUAUUCCACAUCAUUGAAACUUCAAAGGGUCAUUAUGUGAAAAGAAAUCUCCUCACCGUUGUCGAGCGUGCAUGUUUUUACUAUCGUGUGGUUUGUAUUUUAACAAGUAAAUGUAAAAUAAAUGAAAGAAUGGAGAAAGCAUGCAGAAGAAAUAUUGUCUCACAAGAUGAGUGUGAAUGAAGUUGUUUUACCCCUGCCUUUAUGUCGUAAGUCUAGUCAAUAAUGGUGUUUUACUUCCAUGUAUUGAUGUGAAUUAUACCCUGGGUCCUAUGCGUUAUAGUAUGUAUAUCAUUAUAUGAAAUGAAUGAAUAAGAGAGCUUUCUGAGAAAGCAAGAAGAAUGGAAAGACAGAAUGUGCAGUACACAGUGUUGUCAAAUUUUGCUUAACAAUAGGUAAAGCCUGGAAAUAUAUGUAUAUCCUGUACUUAUCACAUGCCUUGUAGUUUAUUUCUAAGGUGCAUUUAAAAGUAUUUUGGGUUUUCUUUUGUAAUGCUUAAGAUCAUAACUUUUUCUUUGGGAAGGGGGUAUUGCUGAUGAUUACUUUAUGCUUUUAGCAUUCUUGUGGUGUCAGACAUUGAAGGGGACAUGCUAGCCAAGGAUGACGCUCCACGGUGUUUCUCUGUUGAAAAGUAAAACACUGUGCGAAGUGCAACCAUUGCUAGCAAAAAUGUAGAGAUAAUAUUUCUUUUUUUAUUAUGAAAUAUUUUGUUUUAUAUAUAGAAAACGAGGUUUUAUAGGUAGAGGAUAUGCAUACAUCAACAUUUGUGGCUGAAAUUUUAGAUAUUUGGUUCAUUUUUGGACAAAGUCUUCAAAUGACAUUUAUGUACUAUUUUUAUAAUAUGCCGCAAAAAUUAAUUUUAUGUACGAAAUUGGAAAUGAAUAAGAAUGAUAUUUACAUACAGUUUUUAAAACUGCAUACUUUGGCAAAGCAAUGUAUUUAUCACAGCAGAACAUCAUUUUUCAUUAUUAUGCAACAUAUCUCUUUUGGAGUGAUAAGUAUGAAUGGGAUGGAUGUGUACAUUUUUGUCUUUUUAAGUGUAUAUUUUAAAAGUAGCAAUGUCAAAGGACUGUUUAUUGGUUAAUGUCGUAGUAAAAUUAAACUAAUGGCCAGAAUUG